AUGUACACCCAAUUCGGUUUUAACGAACCAGCUACACAAUUAGGUAUGCAGUUUGCCGGAAACGCGGUCGCUCAAGGAACUGCUUAUAUGGAACGCAACUUCAACCGAUGGGUGGAUAUGCCUGCUUUGCGACACUAUUUCAACGUGAGCAAUAUCUAUGUCGUUAAUAAACUGAGACUGAUACUCUUCCCUUGGCGACACUCGCCAUGGGGCCGUUCAAUAAAGCGGACAGAAACUGGUCAAAUGGACGGAUUCAGACCUCCACGCGAAGAUAUCAAUUCGCCUGAUCUAUAUAUACCAGUGAUGGCUAUGGUGACGUAUAUUUUACUCUGUGGACUUGCCGCUGGCCAGCAGGGAUCUUUCCACCCCGAGCAAUUAUACGUAGCAGGAUGGUGCUCAUUUGCGUUCUUAUUCUUUGAACUUAUCGGUAUGCGCCUGACAUGCUACUUUUUGAAUAUACCCUUCGAAGCAUCCAUGCUUGAUCUGGUUUCAUAUUCGGGCUAUAAAUACGUCUGCAUCAUUGUUACGGAUGUGAUCAAGCUCCUGGGUGCUGGAAAAUGGCUUUCCACGGCCGUCUUUCUAUACACCGCCUUAAGUGUUGGAUUCUUCUUGCUCCGAUCUAUGCGCUAUGUCAUUUUGCCGGAUGCUUCUGCUGGACCCUCCACAUUCAAUCCCCAACGUAAACGGCGUAUGUGGUUCCUGCUAACUAUCGCAGGUCUACAAAUGGUGUUUAUGUUUUUCCUUGUGAAUUGA